AUGCUCCCAACCACGCAGGUCGUCAGCAUCGUGACGGGGUCGGUCGCCCUAUUCAUAGUCGGCUUGGAUAGCAUCCCUGCUUUUCAGAGUAUCACCGAUCGGAUCUGUCGCAAAUCGCCCCCGGCGGAGGAGCAUACCCUAGCUAAAACCGCAUAUCGUGAUGAGGAUGGCGAGGCGUCGGAAGAGUCUCUCCGCGCAUUCUCCGAUAAGUGGCAGAGAAUCGCGAUUACAAUUUUUUCAACAACUGGAUUUCUGGCCACGCUGGGCCUCGCCGUGUUCACAACGUUCGACUAUACCGACUUUCUCAUCCUAAACUGGCUCCAGGUUGGAAUUUGGAUUCUGCUCUCUCUUCAAGCUAUUGCUUUUUUCACAGAACCCCGGCCAGUUCGACGAUUUGACCUAGGCCAAUAUGCGUUUGUCGGUAGUCUUGUUGCGCUCGCCGUCACCGGGAUGGAGGCGCAACUUGCAUGGUCUUCACGAGCCAUGAGAAUCCUAUUUCUACAACAAAUUUGGAUCGGUCUUGUAAUCACUCAGGCCGCCAGUGGGUUACUUCGUGGACUAUUCAGCAUUCUCUUGCCACGGAAACCGGAUCUCUUUCUCAAUGGAAAACUCGUGGAUCGAGAACGCUCAGUCUCAGCGCUCGGUCGAUUCACAUUCUCCUGGGCCAAUAGCCUCCUGAACUUCGCCACCAGGAACAAAACACUCGCGCUUACCGAUUUGCCAAAACUCCGAGCAGAGAAGCGUACCGAUCGUCUCCGGGAGCAUUUCGAGAAUUCGCGAGGAAAUCGCAAGAUUUGGAAAGCUCUUGUUGUCGCGCACUGGAGGUCUCUUUUGUUGCAGCUUUUCCUGACAUUCGUCCUCUGCGUGCUCAGUUUUGGGCCCCAAACAGCUCUGUUCAAUAUUCUGAAAUCGCUUGAAGCCCGAGACCUCGACUCAUGGCACCCAAUGCAAACUUUGAUUUGGGUGUUUGCGCUUGGAGGCUUGAUGCUUUUACAAUCCAGUAUCGAAGCAUGGGUAUUCUGGUCAGUAUGCUCAAAAUUGUUCGUUCCAAUUUAUGCAGAGCUGUCGGCGACUGUCUUUGCCAAGUCAAUGCGCAGAAAGGACGCGAAGCAUGCCAAGAAGGCAAAGAAAACCAAUGAUUCCCGUGAGUCGACCAAAGGAUUGCCUGCAGACCAAGAGGAUGAAGAUGAAGACGAUGAGGCGAGCCUGAAGAAAAGCCGACAAAGUAUUAUCAACCUUGCCGCUGUUGAUGCGCGUCGAAUUUCGGAUUUCACCUCUUUCUCCUACCUCAUCCCCCUAUCUGUGAUGAAGGUAAUCAUUGGCUGUACUUUCUUGGUGCAGAUUUUGGGAUGGAAACCUGCAUUUUCUGGAAUGGCCGUCUCGGUGCUCAUUACUCCAUUGAAUAUCUACGCCGCCAAGAGGUUUACCAACGCCCAGGACAGGUUGAUGAAAUUGCGAGAUUCAAAAAUGGCCAUUGUCACCGAAGUCCUCCAGGGUAUUCGCCAGAUCAAAUUCUCGGCUCUAGAAGAACAGUGGCAAAAAAAGAUCGGACAAGCACGAGAGUCGGAACUUAACGCCCUGUGGAUUUCCUUUCUCUUCGAUGUUGUCCUAAUGGCUAUUUGGAUUCUAGGCCCACUGGGUCUGUCCGCGGUAUCCCUAACGGUCUACGCCCUGACUCAUGGUGGCCUAUCUGCUUCGGUCGCUUUCACGGCCAUGUCGGUUUUUGGGGCCCUGGAAUUGUCACUUGCCAUUCUGCCUGAGAUCAUCGCGGACGGGCUGGAGGCUAAGAUCAGUGCUGACCGUAUCGGGGUCUACAUGGCCGCAGAAGAGAAGAUUGUCAACACUGUUCCCGCCGAUACAAUUUCGUUCGAGAGCGCUUCCGUAGCAUGGCCAGCCGACCAGAGCCAGCUUGUCGACGAUGACCAGGAAGAUCGGUUUACUCUGCGGGAACUGGAUAUCAAAUUUCCCGCCAAAGGCCUGAGCGUCAUUUCUGGGCGAACAGGUUCUGGAAAAAGCUUGCUUCUUUCUUCUAUCCUGGGCGAGUGCGAUGUUCUGCAAGGCACUAUCAAAGUCCCUGUUCCUCCUCCCAUCAAAGCUCGUUUCGAUCAUCUUGCUAAUAGCGAAAAUUGGAUCAUUGACACCGCCAUUGCGUAUGUGGCUCAGAUUCCGUGGAUUGAGAAUGCAACGAUCCGGAGCAACAUUCUUUUCGGAUUGCCCUACGAUGAAGGUCGAUAUCAGAAGGUUCUUAUUGCCUGUGCUUUGAAGACGGACCUUGGCAUGCUGCCUGAUGGUGAUCUAACCGACAUUGGUGCCAAUGGCGUCAAUUUGAGUGGUGGUCAGCGAUGGCGAGUGUCAUUUGCCCGAACGCUGUACUCGAGAGCUGGGAUAUUGGUCAUGGACGAUAUUUUCAGUGCCCUUGAUGCACACACAGGUCGAUAUGUCUAUCAAAAUGCACUUACUGGCGAGCUUGGUAAAGGACGCACUCGUAUCCUAGUUACGCAUCACGUCGAACUUUGCCUUCCUCGAACCGAUUAUUCAAUACUGCUUGAGAAUGGCUGUGUGAAAUAUGCGGGUACGAUUGAUGAGCUACGCAAAUCGAAUCACCUGGAUGAUAUCCUCCGAGAAGAGCAGGCGGCCGCAGAGCAGGAUAGGAACAUUGAAGCAGAACGAACAGAUAACCUGCUUGACCCGGAGGAAAGUGGUCUCCAAAAAGUCAUUUCGAAUAACCCACCCCAACCGGAGCUACAUCAGACACCAAACAAUGCUGAGGCGGCAAAGAAAGCGAGCCCUAAAAAGUUUGUUGAGGAUGAGAGACGAGAGGUCGGCAACAUCAGUCUUGCUGUUUAUAAGCAGUAUUUUGCUAUGGCCUUCAACCCCUUUACAUUUGUACUUACGACAUCCAUAUUUCUCGGCUACGCCUCACUCAUGAUUGGACGGGGUUAUUGGAUCAAUGUCUGGGCUAGUGACUCCUCGAGCACUCAAAUUCACCCAGAACAAUUCCACACCCUCUUUCAGCAAUCGAUGACAACAAUAAAUCCCAUGCGGCACGAUGAUAAUCUCAUGAUGUACCUCGGUGUAUACAUCGGCAUCUCACUUGUCGCUACAAUCCUUGGCACAGCUCGAUACUUCUUUGUAUUCUCAGCCAGCAUUCGAGCCUCUAGGAAUUUCUUCAGCAAUUUGACCUUCGCGGUCCUUCGAGCACCGUUGCGAUGGUUAGAUACGGUUCCGCUUGGUCGUAUUCUCAACCGAUUUACGUCGGACUUCCACUUGAUCGAUUCACGAAUCGGGUACGAUCUAGCAUUUUUCAUUGGCUCACUGCUCGAAGUUUGCGGUGUUUUGGUCGCUGGUGUCCUUGUCUCCCCACUUGUGAUUGUCUUUGCUGUCAUUCUGCUAAUAUUCUGCCUCAAACUCUCUUUAACUUAUCUCGCCGGCGCUCGUGAGGUCAAGCGCCUGGAAAGCACUGCCAAGAGCCCAGUCUUUGAACAAUUUGGAUCAAGCCUAGCUGGUCUUAUUACCAUUCGAGCCUUUAGCAAAAGUGAUACCUUCAUUGAUAUCAUCUACGACAAGAUCAAUGAUCACGCUCAGGCCUGGUGGGUGAUGUGGCUGUUCAACCGCUGGCUUGGUAUCCGCAUGAAUAUUAUCGGUGCCAUCUUCUCAACCAUGACUGCGACACUUGUGGUCUUCCUUCCAGGCAUUUCGGCACCUCUCGCAGGGUUCGCGCUCAGCUUUGCCUUGCAAUGUAACACGGCCAUCGCUUUUGCCUUGCGACACUAUGUCAACAUUGAACUGAAUAUGAAUGCUACGGAGCGUGUGAUGGAAUACUCCAAUAUCGAGCUUGAGAACCAGGGCGGUGCUGAUGCACCCGCUGCUUGGCCAACAGAGGGACGCUUGGAGGUCAGUGAUCUCGUCGUCGGCUAUGCUCCAGAUCUCCCUCCCAUUCUCAAAGGCCUCAGCUUUACCGUUGAGAAGAACCAACGAGUUGGUGUAGUUGGUCGGACUGGCGCAGGAAAGUCAUCUUUAACGUUGGCACUGUUCCGAUUCCUGGAAGCUCGUGAGGGCCAGAUUCUCAUCGAUGGACUGGAUGUUUCAAAGAUCAAGCUGCACGAUCUUCGGAGCCGACUCGCCAUUAUCCCGCAGGAUCCAGUACUUUUCUCAGGUACUGUAAGGACAAAUUUGGAUCCAUUCGAUGAAUACGAUGAUGGCGAGCUGUACGAUGCACUUGCUCGCGUGCACCUCAUUGCUUCAUCUGACGAUGAGGCUACUUUGACCUCCCAGGCUGCUUCACCGCGUCAUCCAGGUGGGACUGGUUCGACGACACCUGACACUGCUACCGGCCAGCAAACCAAUGCGAACAUCUUCACAUUCCUCGCAGCGCCUAUCUCCGAAGGGGGCCUCAACCUCUCUCAAGGCCAACGACAGCUUCUCUGCCUGGCGCGUGCUAUUGUUGCUCGACCCAAGCUUAUGGUUCUGGAUGAGGCCACCUCGGCCGUGGACAUGGAGACAGAUGCGCUGAUCCAGCAGUCGAUUCGGGCUGAGUUUGGCCGCAAUGCCACGACCUUGCUUGUCAUCGCUCAUCGACUGAGUACAAUUGCCGACUUUGAUCGUAUCUUGGUGAUGGAUGCCGGCAAAGCAGUCGAAUUUGGACCUCCGAAGGAGUUGAUGGGGAUUGAGAAUGGUGUGUUUAAGAAUCUGGUGGACAACAGCGGCGAGAAGGCUGUACUGGAGAAAAUGAUUUUUGCGUAA